GGGUGUUAUUGGGUAAUUCGACGCGCCUUAAAUUCAACUAAAUCAUUAUUUUGUGUUUCCAAAGUCAACAUUUUGUAGUUAUUGGUUGUUAAUUUGGAGUUAUUGGGUGUUAUUGGGUGUUAUUUUGGAGUUAUUGGGUGUUAUUGGGCAGUUAUUGAGUGUUAUUGGGUAAUUCGACGCGCCGCUCGGUACACCGGGGGGAAAUGUAUUGCACUAACUGUGAACAUCGGUUUGGGAAAAUUGAAAAUAUUAUCGUUAAUCUGAAAAUAAAAUAGCAUAUAUAUUUAUGAACUGUCAAUAUAUAUCGGUUAUCAAAAUAUUUAAAUUGGAAUUUAAGUUAUACCCGGAAUGAAAUAAAACGAAAUCGGAUUUGACGUACAUCAUACUCAACAAAUACUGAAUGACACCUAUAUUUUCUUUUAUGCACACCGAAUGAAUUCUUUCCCUUAAACGUAAAUGCGGAAGGUAAUUCUUUGGAGGAAGAUUGUUUAUUUUAGGAAUUAAACUUUUUCAGCUAAUUUACAGGGCGUAAAUGAAACAUAAAAAAAGAACGAGAUGGUCAAAACAAUUGUUUUACAAUAACUGAUGAGGUGACAUUUAAAUAGUGAAAUCAAAAUAAACUCAAACAAAAUGCCGUAUGAAAAAGGCAAACUUCCGGACGAACAAUAUAACAAGAUUCAAUCUAAUUACCCUGAGCUUUUAGCAGACAUUAAAUAUGAUCCUAUGGGUCUUGCUCGUUCAUUAUUUAAACACCAGGUCUUCGAUGCUGAUGAUCUGGAGAAAAUAAAGAAGGAAGAGCGACGAGACGAUGGCGGUAAAAGCGACGCAGCAGCUAAACUGUUGGAUAUCUUGUUAAACUGUGGCAGCAUGGGGUAUGGUAACUUUAUAAGAGCUCUCAAGGACAGCAAAUAUAAUAAUGCUUUAUUCCUACUAGAACCAGGUUUCAAGAGAGGCGAGGAGGAUACAACAGCAUCUGGUAGCUUGUUAAAUAAACCUCUGAGACAUUUAGAUAACAUUAUACCUAAUCCCUUACUCGUCCAACUUUCAUAUCAACUUCAAAAUGAUAAAGAGAAAAUAACGAAGCUUGGAGUUGGGUUUGGAUUAGAAAUUGAAACCAUUAACCGUAUAUUUCAACAACAUCAGUUACGACCAGAAAUGGCUAUUCUUACCAUAUUUAUCAAUUGGCUUAGUUCCAGCAGUAAUGGAAAAUCUAAGAAUGAAAUAAAAGAUGAAUUUAUACGAAUAUUUUAUGCAUAUGGUAUGACUGAACUUUCAAAUAAACUCUCUGAAGUUCUGCACAGAUCCUUUGAGAUGGAACCACAACAGAACUCAAGUACUGGAACUGAGUACAGUAAAGUUGGAAUGAAGGAUAUUGCUAGUGUUGAAAAUCAAGAAACACAUGAAAAUAAAACUGUUACUUCAGGUGAAGCUCGUAUUGUUGAACCGCCAGCACCAAAUGAAGAUAAUCAACCAAAUACAGUAAUGCGGGAUGUUGAAGCAAUACAGAACCUAUCAAUACAGCAACCUCCACAGAUAGCUUGUUACAAAAUGGAUCGAAAACCUAGAGGUUAUUGUAUUAUAAUUAACAAUGAAAAGUUUAAACGUAAUACUACGGAUAAUGAUUCCAUUAUGAAAGAUCGUAAAGGAUCUAGCAUAGAUAGAGACCGAUUGAAAGAAACCUUUGAUAAACUUUUAUUUAUAGUGGAAUCCUAUGAUAACCUUAAAGCAGGAGAAAUGGCACGCAAAAUUAACCAGUUUGCGUUGAAUGAAGAUCAUACAAACUAUGAUUGUUUUGCUGUUGUUAUUUUAUCACAUGGCACCAGAGAUAAUGUCUAUGGAUCGGAUGGUAAACCCGUUGCUAUUAGAGAUCUGACAGGUCCACUCAAACCUCUCACUUGUCCUAGUUUGUGUGAUAAACCAAAGCUUUUUUUUAUCCAAGCAUGCCAGGGACAAGAGAGGCAACAAGGGUUGGCUAUUGAAAGAGAUGUAACGCCUGAAAAUGAUAUUGAUGAAAAUACACCAACGAGAGGAGAAGUUAUCCCUAAUGAAGCGGAUUUUCUACUUGGCAUGUCCACCAUUCCAGGCUUUGUGUCUUUUCGUAAUAAGAAAGAGGGGUCAUGGUACAUAACUAAAUUAUGUGAAACUUUCAAUAAAUAUGCUAAACAUUUUGAUAUAUUGGGUUUAUUAACAGUGGUCAACAAAGAGGUUGGAGAAGCCAAUGCUGAUUUAGACGGAGGUAGAUUUAAACAGUCACCAGCUCCUUUCUAUACCCUGAGAAAAAGACUCAUAUUUCAGUAAUAUAAAAAUAAAAUGAAGAGUUAAUAGACUGUCAAAUAAACUGAGAGUGUGGAGAAAUACAAUAUUUAAAUAUAAAUAUAACGGGAUGUGAUAUAAUAAUAAAGACAAAUGAUCAGAAAGA